AGUCCAAAGAGUUGAGUAACGCAGCGGAAGUGUUAGCCGUCAGGAGCACCGAGGGUGUGUGUUUGAGAGAGAGUCUUCAGCGGGGCUUCAGGUAGCAGAAUGUGGGCUCGGUUGAUGGUUAGGGUCGGGGGUUCGGGGCUCGGGCUGCGGGCUUCCAGAGAUGGUUUGCUGCGGGUCGCUGGUGCUGGAUGUGCGGCGAAGAAGCAGCAGGAGAGACACGCUUCAAGUUCAGAGGCUGCAUUGAAGAGGACUCCACUGUUUGACUUCCACAGGGAACAUGGGGGGAAGAUGGUGGAGUUUGCAGGUUGGAGUAUGCCUGUCCAGUACAAAGACAGUCAUAUUGUCUCACACAUGCACACCAGAGAGCACUGCUCCAUCUUUGAUGUCAGCCACAUGCUGCAGACCAAAGUCCAUGGCAAAGACAGGGUGAAGUUCAUGGAGUCUCUAGUGGUUGCAGAUAUCGCAGAACUCAAGGACAACCAGGGUACAUUGACCCUCUUCACCAAUGAGAAAGGAGGGAUUAUUGAUGACCUCAUAGUCACAAAGACGGACCAGGGCUACCUCUACGUUGUCUCCAAUGCUGGCUGUUCUGACAAGGACUCUGCUCGUAUGAAGGCCAGACUGGCAGAGUUCAAAGCAGCUGGUGCAGAUGUGGAUAUUGAGUUCCUGGAUGAAGCGCUUAUUGCUCUGCAAGGUCCAUCCAUGUCUCGGGUGCUCCAGGAGGGACUUAAGGAGGACCUCAGCAAGCUGACAUUCAUGACCUCCACCCUGGCCACUAUAUUCGGUAUUCCUGGCUGCAGGGUCACCCGCUGUGGAUACACUGGAGAGGACGGGGUGGAGAUUUCUGUACCUCAAUCCAGAGUGGUGGAGCUGACGCAGAAGCUGUUGGGUAAUAGCGAGGUGAAGCUGGCCGGUUUGGGGUCCAGAGACAGUCUGCGGCUAGAGGCAGGACUUUGUCUCUAUGGCAAUGAUAUCGAUGAGACCACCACGCCUGUGGAGGCCACCUUAGUUUGGACCAUAGGAAAGCGUCGGCGUCAGACCAAGGAUUUCCCUGGUGCUGACAUCAUCGUACCUCAGAUCAAAGCCAAGACAGCCAGGAAGAGAGUGGGUCUGGUGUCAACUGGUCCCCCCGUCAGACAACACACACCCAUACUCAGCCCCGACGGAAAGGUCAUAGGUGAGGUGACCAGUGGCUGCCCCUCUCCCUGUCUGAAGAAGAAUGUCGCCAUGGGUUACGUUGACGCUGCAUUUGCUAAGAAUGGAACAGCCAUUCAGGUCGAGGUCCGGAAAAAAGCAGUGCCUGCCACUGUCAGCAAGAUGCCCUUCGUUCCCACCAACUACUAUUCUGGAUAGAAGGGACACACACAAACACCUCAAUACACAUACAGUACACAUACACACACACACACACACACACACACACACACACACACUCACACUACACUGGACCAUUCCUCCCCUUUGUCCCAUAUUCACCAAUGCAACCUACUUCAGAACACCAGUGUAACAUCUGAACAGAUGAGUCCUCUGAAAGAAAAAGAAAACAAAUUCUAAACUAGAAUACUAGUGAAAUUAUAAUAGUAUAAUGUCUU